GUUUCUUUUAGAAAAUUAAGAUGCUUCUACUUAUGUUCUUUACCUGAGUUGAUUGAUUGCAUCUACAACUAUAGAAUGUAGACUUUAAAAAUAAUUAGCUGCAGAAAAUUGAUAAACAACCAUUUGGUUUUGGGUUUGGUUAUGAAAUUAAUUUAUAAAGUCAAACAUUACCCAUCUUGAUUCUCUUUGUAUUGAUCAGUUUCACCAAAUUAACCUUUAAAAUAUUUAAUAUAUAUUUUCUAUUGUUUAACAAAAUGAAAACGACAGAACCAUUCAUUAUAUCUGUGCAUGAAACUAGCACGACUUGGACAGUUGAACUCCCACGUGAAAAAACAAUUACCAAAAAAUCCAAGUGUGGGAAGUGGGAACUAUUAUAAUUCCCUUCUCUUAUUUAAUUUAAGUAUGGGAAUAUUAUGCUAGCUGUUUUCGAAAGAAAUUAUUAACAACUGAAUAUAUCCAACCGUGAUGACUUAAAGAAAAAGCUUCUUCGUUCCAUCUCUGUUUAUGUUCCUUGUGUACAACGGAUUUAGGGUGAAGAUCAUGUAAUAGAUAAUCAGAAAUAAUAUUACAAGAUGGGUGGUUGUUGUUCUAUCCAAAUAUCAUGCGAUAAAGUGUUGGACCGUGUCGGUAGCUGCUUUUGCGGCGAAGACAAUUACAUUUGUUAUCUCGAGAAGAAUUUGGAGUCUCUAGAGAGAGCCAUGGAAGAUCUCACUGCAACUCGAGACGAUGUGAUGCGCAGAGUGCAGGAGGCUGAGGGACGAGGUCAACAAAGGCUUCGAAGAGUCCAGCUGUGGCUCACAAGAGUUGAGAGCAUCGAAAAUCGUUUCAAUGGCCUAAAUAGUACAAGAACUGUUGAACUUCAAAGGUUGUGUUGUUGUGGUGUUUGUUCAAAAAGAUUAAGAUUGAGCUAUAGCUAUGGGAGAAGGAUAUUUGAGAUGUUGCAGGAUGUUGAAACUCGCAAAUCUGAUGGAGAUUUUCAAGAGGUUGCUCAAGCAACUUUUGUGGUAAGGCCUCAACCACCUACGAUUAUUGGUGGAAUGCUGGGCAGGGCGUGGAACCACCUCAUGGAUAUUGGAACUGGGAUUAUGGGUCUCUAUGGUAUGGGUGGAGUAGGAACAACCACCCUUCUCACACAGAUUAACAAUAGGUUCAACGACACAAAUUAUGGGGUUGACAUUGUGAUUUGGGUUGGGGUUUCUUGGAAUCUAGAAGUUGAGAAGAUUCAAAAUGAGAUCGCUGAGGAACUAGGUCUGAGUGGAGGGGAGUGGAACCAAAAAUCAAGAAGCCAAAAAGCCAUCAAUAUACACACUUUGAUGAGCGACAAGAAAUUUGUGUUGUUACUGGAUGACAUUUGGAGCAAAGUGGAUUUAGUAGAGAUUGGAGUACCAUUUCCUACAAGGAAAAAUGGAAGUAAAGUAGUAUUCACCACUCGUUCUAGAGAUGUGUGUGGGCGUAUGGGGGUUAAUGACCCAAUGGAAGUCAGUUGUCUGGAACCCGACGAAGCCUGGGAUCUGUUCAAAAUGAAAGUUGGAGAAAACACAUUGAAAGGCGAUCCGGAGAUUCUUAAACUCGCAAGAAAAGUUGCUGAGAAAUGCCAUGGCCUACCAUUAGCACUUACUGUCAUUGGCGAGAUCAUGGCAUGCAAAACGACGGUACAAGAAUGGCAUUAUGCAGUUGACACUUUGAAUUCAAAUGCUGCAAAAUUUUCUGGCAUGGAAGACCAGAUUCUUCCAAUUCUAAAGUCUAGCUAUGAUCAUUUAAACAUGGAGCAGGUGCAGUCAUGUUUCCUGUAUUGCUCUCUGUUUCCUGAAAAUUAUCGUAUGGAAAAAGAGAGGUUGAUAGACUAUUGGAAAUGUGAGGGAUUCAUAGAUGAAAAUGAAAGUAGAGAAAGAGAAUUAAGCCACGGUUAUGAGAUCAUUGGUAUCCUUGUCCGUGCAUGUUUGUUGUUGGAGGAAGGAAUUAAUAAAGAACAAGUGAAAAUGCAUGGUUUGGUUCGGGAUAUGGCUCUAUGGAUAGCAUCUGAUCUUGGGAGACAUAAAGAACAGUGUAUUGUGCAAGCCGGUGUUGAGUUACGUGAAGUACCCAAAGUCAAGAACUGGAAUUCUGUGAGAAGGAUGUCGCUGAUGGAAAAUGAGAUUGAAAUCAUAUCUGGCAGUCCCGAAUGCCCGGAACUUACAACUCUUUUCCUUCAGAGAAACUCCCAGUUGGUCAAUAUCUCAGGGGAAUUCUUCAGUUAUAUGCCUAAGCUUGUUGUUUUGGAUCUAUCGUGGAAUCAAAUACUUGAUAGAUUGCCAGAGGAAAUAUUAAGGUUGUACUCCUUACGUUUUCUUGACUUGUCACGGACAAAGAUAAAGCAACUGCCUGUUGGUUUUCAAGGGUUGACAAAGCUUAUACAUCUGAAUUUGGAAUGGACGUUGGAACUCGAGAGUAUUUCCGGGAUAUCAAAGUUGUGGAAUUUGAGGACAUUGAGACUGCAAAGGUCCAAAUUGUCCCCUGAUGUCAACUUGGUGAAAGAGCUGGAGCUCUUAGAACAUUUAGAAGUUCUAACCAUUGAAAUCAGCUCAAGUUUUGCUGCACGUCAACUGUUAAGCUCUCGCAGGUUGGUGGAAUGUACUAAGGAGGUCAAUUUUAAAAACUAUCAGGAACUUUUGACUUUGCCGACUAUGGGGAGUCUUAGUGGCAUCAGGAUAUUGAGUUGUGGAAUGAAGGAGAUAGAGAUAGAGAGGGCAACAUCAUCAUUGAACAAAAGUCCAGCAAGUCCAUGCUUCUUUAGCCUCUUCACUGUCUUAAUAAGUAACUGCAAUGGUUUAAAGGAUUUGACGUGGCUGUUACUCGCUCCUAACCUUACCAAUCUUGAGGUUUCUUUCUCAGAUCAACUAGAGGAUAUAAUAAGCGAGGAGAAAGCUUUGAGCAGUGUCACAGAUGAUGAGGCAAGUAGUAUCAUUCCUUUUGGAAAACUAGAAAAGCUACAGCUGUGGAAUUUACCUAACCUGAAGAGCAUCUACUGGAAUACUCUGCCUUUUCCAUGUUUGAGGGAAAUCGACAUAAACAAGUGUCCGAACUUGACAAAGCUUGCAUUGGAUUCACAAAGUGUCGAUAGGUUUGAAGAACUUGUCAUAAACUACAGAGAGGAAGAAUGGAUAGAAAAUGUUGAAUGGGAGGACGAAGCCACUAGGCUCCGUUUCUUACCGUCCUUCAAGUUGGUUAAAUAACCAACCAUUUCAUUGCAUCAUCCAAUCUAAACAAGUCUCCUAAAUGAUUGGUCUCCUUAUUCUUCACUAUUGGUCUUCAAGUUGCUCUGUCUUCGUUUCACCUUAUCAGUGUGUUUUUUAUUCACGUUUUUUUUUUUUUUUAAAUUAUUGCUUGAAUUCAGUCUCUGAAAAUUUAUUUAUUUGAAAAACUUUAUUGGUUUGAAUUAUUUGC